AUGGGCGCCGUCAUCGGUGCCGGAAUAUUUGUGCUCACUGGCCUCGAGGCCAGGAACCACGCCGGGCCCGCUGUUGUGCUCUCCUACGUCGUCUCCGGCGUCUCCGCCAUGCUUUCGGUUUUUUGCUACACUGAGUUCGCUGUCGAGAUUCCCGUUGCUGGUGGUUCUUUCGCAUACCUGAGAGUGGAGCUCGGAGACUUUGUCGCUUUCAUUGCCGCCGGCAAUAUCCUCCUCGAGUACGUGAUUGGGGCGCCGCAGUGGCCCGAUCAUGGACCUCCUACUUCGCCACCCUCUGCAACCACAAGCCCAACGACUUCCGCAUUUACGCCCACCACCUGGCCCAGGAUUACAACCACCUUGAUCCCAUCGCGGUCGGCGUCGUCAUCAUCAUCUGCAUCAUCGCCGUCGUCAGCACGAAGGGCUCCUCUCGCCUCAACUACGUGGCCUCCAUCGUCCACAUUGUCGUCAUCCUUUUCAUCAUGA